UCCUUUAGCUCCGGCGAAUACACGUGAAGAAGCCGGAUUGCGACAUUCCAUUUCAUUCAUAUCACAAAACGCUAAUUUCACAGAAUCACAAUGCCAUCAGACCAGAAAAAACGUCGUGAAGCUCAGAAGAAGGCAGCGAGAAAGACUCCUGGCAACAAAGCGAAGACGUUAGUCGUAGAUGACGGGGAGGAGACACAGAAUGGCGACAGCCGUGGAAGCAGUCGACAGAGUAGUGCGUGCCCGACGCCAGACAGACGCCCUUCUAUUGCAAAUGGCGCAGCAGAUGGCAUAGCAAACGGAAUCGAUUCGCUUGAUUUGGGUGCCAAAUUCCGAUCAUGCACUGGUGUCCUGGCCUCCCACAAGGACAGCCGAGACCUGCACAUGGAGAAAGUCACCAUCAGGUUUCAUGGCGUCGAGCUCCUGCAAGAGACGAAGCUGGUACUAAACUGCGGGCGUCGUUAUGGCCUCAUUGGUUACAACGGUUGUGGUAAGACCACCCUCCUGACAUCUCUAGCAAAGAGGGAGCUCCCGAUGCCAGACCACAUCGACAUCUACCAUCUGCAACGCGAGAUGGGUCCGAGUGACAAGACGGCACUGCAGGCGGUCGUCGACGUCGAUGAAGAGAGAAAGAGGCUUGAAGCAGAAGCUGAGGAGCUCUCUUUGAAGGAGGACGAACGAUCUCACGAACUUCUCAUGGACAUUUUGGAGCAUUUAGAAUCGAUGGAAUCCGAUAAAGCUGCGAUGAGGGCUGGGCGCAUCUUACAUGGUCUCGGCUUCACCAAACAAAUGCAGGACCAAAAGGUUAAGAACUUCUCGGGAGGUUGGCGGAUGAGGAUAUCGCUAGCCAGAGCCCUCUAUAUUCGACCUUCCCUACUUCUACUUGAUGAGCCCACCAAUCAUUUAGAUUUGGAUGCAUGCGUGUGGCUUGAGGAGGAAUUGAAAACAUAUUCGCGAAUCCUCGUGAUCAUCUCGCACUCGCAAGAUUUCAUGAACGGCGUCUGUACGAACAUCAUCCACAUGGAUCAGAAGAAGUUGACGUCGUACACGGGAAACUACGACCAGUUCAUGCAGACGCGUUGCGAGUUGAUGGAGAAUCAAAUGAAGCAAUACAAGUGGGAGCAGAAUCAAAUAUCUCACAUGAAGGAUUAUAUUGCCAGGUUCGGUCAUGGUAGCGCAAAGCUCGCGCGACAAGCCCAGAGUAAGGAGAAGACUCUUAAAAAGAUGGUGGACAGUGGUCUGACUGAGAAAGUAGCCUCAAACAAGAAUCUAAGCUUUUAUUUCCUGGACUGCGGCACGUUGCCAUCUCCAAUCAUCCAAGUUCAACACGUCUACUUCAAGUACGGAGACGACAAGCCAUUAAUCUACAAAGACUUGGACUUUGGUGCGGACUUGGACACGAGAGUGGCUUUAGUCGGACCUAACGGUGCUGGGAAAUCUACGCUGUUGAAGUUAAUAUGUGGAGACCUUCACCCGACUGACGGUCUCAUUAGGAAACACGCCCACUUAAAGAUCGGUCGCUACCACCAGCAUCUUCAGGAGAUCUUAGACUUGGAUUUGUCAGCUUUAGAAUGGAUGAUGAAGGCAUUCCCCGCCAUCAAAGAAAUCGAAGACAUGAGGAAAAUCGUUGGGCGAUAUGGCCUUACUGGGAUGCAGCAGACCUGUCCGAUGGCCAAUCUUUCUGAUGGCCAACGUUGCCGUGUGAUAUUUGCAUGGAUCGCUUGGCAGUCGCCUCACAUUCUCUUACUCGAUGAACCGACCAAUCAUUUGGAUAUCGAGACGAUAGAUUCGCUGGCCGAUGCGCUGAAUGACUUUGAGGGAGGCAUGAUUUUAGUGAGUCACGACUUCAGGCUUAUAUCUCAGGUUGCCAAGGAGAUCUGGGUGUGCGAACAUCAGACAAUCACAAAGUGGCAGGGAGACAUCUUCCAGUACAAGAACCGAUUAGCGAAGAAAGUGCGGAAAGAGUUCGAAGCGAAUAAAUAACAACAUUGUUCUUUAGGCCAUUCUAUCUAUUUAUCAUAUUAUUCCUGGAAGUGUGAUAGCGUCUGUCUGAAGGGGUCAAAAUGUGUUUGUGAUUGGAUGCAUAAGCAUAGGUGGCGCUAUGAAGUGAGCAUGUUCAUCACUAACUAGUGCAAGAUACUGCUACGACAACUUGUACAAUUGCUCGUCUGGUAAAAGAACCGAAGGUGGGCGAGCUUUUUGGGUGGUGCUCCGGCUGUUGGUGGUUUCCACGAGUGCCUAUCACCACUGUGGUGACCUGUUUUAUGCUGGUCCUGUUGUAUGUGGCAGUGUUGCUAGGACACAUUUCUCAACUCCGGCCCUCCAUAUUUUUUCUCCCAUUGAAGUAGGGUAUUGAAUGUAGGCAAAAAUCUGCUCCACUCAGGAUGGACAGACAUUGUUUAGGUUCUGAUGUGAUGGAUGUAACCGAACGGAGUUAAUAACAAUUUGUGAGAGCAAAUGACAGUGUUUCGAAGAGGCUGACCAUUGAUGCCUCCCAUGAAUUUGUCCUCUCUGGAUCACAAGAAAUGUUUAAAGGGAAGCACUACUGUUGUUUGUGACAGUGCUGUAUGGUUCUCCUUGGAAUCUGUGAUGAGACUCUAUUCACUGUGCCCAUAAUGGUAGAUGUACAUUGCACACCGUAGUGCAUUGAUAAACUAGUCUCUUGUAGGACAUAAUUAUUGUGAUGCUUCUACAAGGCUGUAGUUCAUUUCAUGUACAAUUGGCACUACAUAAAAAAAAUGAAAUAACUGGGAAAAUAUGUCAGUAUUUCACUUCAAAUCUCUUGUCAUCGGUCAUGUUCUUAAAAUCUGUGUGUCACUUUCUCAUGAAAUGGACUAGAGUGGGACUGGCUGCUAAUUGUACUUCAACUACUCUGUACUGCUGUGAUGUAUUGCACUGUUGUCAGUUACAGUAAUGAAUGAAAGGAACUUUAUGUCAGUUAAGUUUUCUAAAUCUACCACAAAGGCUCUUCAGUGAUAUUACUAUCUACUUAUUGGUGUCUUUAUCUAUGUUACGAUUUUUUGCCUCAGCAGACGUCACACUUCUUGAUAAAAAUGUUAGGUAUAUUUCAUAACCGAGAUUGACAAUGAAUCUCUGGGCAUCCAUUGUUGUAUUUAUGCUUUUCCUACUUUAGUCUUUAUUUCAAAAGCAAAUCCAUUGAAUAAAUCAGUUUUUGUGCGUCAGGUUCGUCCCUAGCUACUCCAUCAAUCAGAUAACAAUGAAUACCCCACACGCUCUUUAGGUUUAUUCGACAAAACAGGGUUUUGUAGAUAAUAAGGUUAAUACGGCACACUUCUUAGCUUAAAUGAAAAAUGCAUCUUAUUAAUUUCUUUGUCUUCGUUUAAGAAGAAAAGUUUGGCCAGUUCUGCCAUUGUAUACCAAAAUUUCCAGUUUCUGUACUGUUUUAUUUUUGAACAGACUGUUUCUUUGCUGUUCUGUACUGUAAGAUGAGCACACAGGGGCUGGUCUGAAAUUUUCUUUUGCAUUAAUGUUAUUCCUUCUUUCCUGGCAUGUAAUUCAGCCCCUCAAAAUUAGCCAUUUUUCUGCCGAGGACUGGUAUUCCAAUCAAGUGCAACUUCACGCUCUUGAGACAGCCCAAAAUGUAUGCAGGCAAAUUCAUGACUCUGUGCAUCACAUGAUGCCAUUGCCGUUCACUGCAUCAUAGAUUAGUUCAGCAUAACAGAGCCAAUCGGCACUGAAAAAAAUUGUGAUCUUGGUUGUUAGCGUUUUGGUAGUUGUUCUAAUGAUGUAAAAUGAACAUCUUAAUUUAAACAAAAACUGUGGACCAGCUGUGGUUUGUUUCGAGUUUCAUAACACCUACCAAUAUUGUGGCAGCGUCGUCUUUUGUUUUAAGUGGCUUUAGUAAAUUUCCCCCGAGGACCGCUAAACAAGGAAUAAAAAAAGUCUGGCCGCACAGGUCAGAGACUGCAGUUGGUUACAGUGGUACGAUACGUGUAUGAGGUUUCCUCAGUUUUACUUCUUCUAAAUUAUAAUGGAACACUAUGUGAAUGAUGUGAAAUGGAAUAAAAACAUUUUAAAACCAA